CAGCAGAGAGCUUACUACAAAAGCCACUAUAAGUCUACAAGAUUUAGCACAACACUAACUCUCACCAAAAAGCCUAUCUCCCACACAUUAUUCACACAAAACAAAGAGAGAGAGAGAGAGAGAGAGUUGGAGAAGAACUAUGGAGGUGGGAAAUAAGGAGAAAGAAGCAUUACAACAGUCCAAAUUCAAAAGAAUUUGUGUGUUCUGUGGCAGUAGCCCUGGCAAGAAGAAUUCCUAUAAAGAAGCAGCCAUUGAACUUGGCAAAGAACUGGUAUCAAGGAAUAUAGACUUAGUGUAUGGAGGAGGAAGCAUUGGGUUGAUGGGACUGGUCUCUCAAGCUGUUUACAAUGGUGGCCGUCAUGUCCUUGGAGUUAUUCCCAAGACUCUUCUGCCAAGAGAGAUAACUGGGGAAACAGUGGGAGAAGUAAAGGCUGUAGCUGAUAUGCACCAGAGGAAAGCUGAGAUGGCUAAGCAUUCUGAUGCCUUUAUUGCUUUACCUGGUGGGUAUGGAACUCUAGAAGAGCUUCUUGAAGUCAUAGCUUGGGCUCAACUUGGCAUCCAUGAUAAACCGGUGGGGUUACUGAAUGUAGAAGGUUACUAUAAUUCUCUGCUCACAUUUAUUGACAAAGCUGUAGAAGAAGGAUUCAUCAGCCCAAAUGCGCGCCAAAUUUUCGUCUCAGCCCCUAAUGCAAAAGAGCUAAUGAAUGAAUUGGAGGAGUACAAUCCCUGCCAUGAACGAGUUGCAUCAAAGCAGAAGUGGGAAAAGGAUCAAUUAAAUUACUAAUUAAUUAUUAAUGUCAUAAAAAUAUUGUUGUCUACUCCAAAAAAAGAGGGAAUUGAAGUAUCUAAAGAGAAUGGCAUUCUAUUAUUGGCUUAUUUUAGGAAAAGCCUCAAAUUCAAGCUAGGCCAAGGCAGCCAACUUUCAUUAAGAGGAAAUUUCUUUCUUUCUUGUAACAAACACUCUAAUUUUCUUUCAUAAGAUUAUUGAUUAAUUUUCGUGUC